AUUAGGAGACCCAAUCUAAAAAGGAAAAAGAAAACAUAACCUUAAUUAAUGUUUAUAUAAGGUAGUAGUUGUGUUAAAAUCUUAGUUUUGAAAAGCCAAAUUCCUUUUUUACUUUAUAUUCCUUGUAUGCGUAGAAUACCUUGUUGCUCUACAAAUACAGAAGUCGCCUUUCGCAACUUUUCAAGUCUUCCCCUCCCACCCAAACACACCGUAUUCCCCCCUUUUCUCCACAAAUACACUCUCUCCGGCGACUUUCCACCGGCGAAUUCCACCGGAACUUCAACAGAUGGAUUCCUUUCUCCUCAAUUACGACGCCGCCGAAGUCCGUAUCGCCGCCGAGUUUUUGUCCAAUUGGCUGCCGUAUCUAUCCCGGGGCCUUUGCGAAUCCUGCACUACAACUCUUUCUAAUGGCAUCGAAUCCCUCCACACAGGGAAUUUUGCUGUUUCUACACCGAAUUUAAUAAAUCGGAGUCAAACUAAAGAAGACCAAAGUAAUUGCAGUCCCCAUCCCGCCUCGAGUACGAAAGACAGUGCAGCUAAUAAUGCUGAUGGAGCUCCGACUUUGUUUUUUGGUGAAUUUGCAGUUUCGAGUUUGAACUUUAUAGAUUUGAAUCGACGUAAAGAAGAUCAAGGUAAUUGCAGUUCCCAUUCGGGCGAGAAUACGAAAGACAUUGAAGAUAAUAGCGACGAUGCAGAUGUAUGUUCGUUGGGUAGUUGGAAGGACGAGGCAUACGCUGAAGCAUCAUCGAGCGAUGUAGUUAGCUCUUCGUUUGCAACACCAGUUCCUAAAAAGUCUUGGGCAGAUAUGGCUUUGGAGGAUGAACUUGCUGCAGAAGAAGAAGAGAAUGAAGUGAGUAGUGGCAAACUUGUUAAUAUGAAUGAUUCUGGAGCAUCUAUGAAUGGAACAAAGUCCAAGGUGGCAUUAUCGAGGGAUCAGAGAGAGUACAUUCGAUUUUACAACGUUCAGAGGAAGAGAUUUAUAUGUCUUGAAAGAGUCGACGGGAAGUUGGUCAAUAUAUUGGAAGGGCUCGAGUUACAUAAGGGUGUCUUCAGUGCUGCAGAACAGAAGAGGAUUGUUAGCUACGUUGAAAAUUUGCAGGAGAUGGGAAAGAAGGGACAGUUGAAAGAUCGCACUUACUCAGCACCUGUUAAGUGGAUGAGAGGAAAGGGACGUGUAACUCUUCAAUUUGGCUGCUGCUACAAUUACGCCCUAGAUAGACAAGGUAAUCCACCUGGCAUCCUAAAGAACGGAGCAGUUGAUCCUUUGCCUGAUCUAUUUAAGGUGAUGAUCAGAAGGCUUGUGAGGUGGAAUGUUUUGCCACCGACAUGUGUGCCCGACAGCUGUAUUGUGAAUAUAUACGAAAAGGAUGACUGUAUACCGCCACAUAUUGAUAAUCACGAUUUCGUUAGGCCAUUUUGUACAGUUUCUUUUCUUAGUGAGUGCGAAAUACUUUUUGGGUCCAAGUUGACAUCAGUUAGAGCUGGCGAGUUUACUGGUUCUUUUGCAAUCGCCCUACCAGUUGGAUCUGUUCUUGUUAUAAAUGGAAACGGAGCUGAUGUGGCUAAGCAUUGCGUGCCGGCAGUCCCUUCUAGAAGGAUAUCAAUUACCUUUAGGAAAAUGGAUGAAUCUAAACAGCCAAAUGGAUAUGUAGCUGAACCCGAUUUGCAAGGGCUUGAGCCAUUUUCAGAUGGAGCGGAUACGAAUAGUUCGACAAAGAAUAAUAAAAAUGCUUCAACGAGACCCAUUCAUACACCAUUGCAGAGACCAGCAUUUGAAAGAGAGGAUAGAGUAGACAAAGGGAGAGGAAUCAUUGCAGAAAGACCAGAUUCUCGUUAUUCAAGUCGUGCGCGACAAGGUCCUGUAAAUAGGCGAAGGUUCUAAUUUGGUUGAAAUUUGGAAAAUUUAUUAAUUGAGAAACAUUUUUUAAGUGUGGAAUCGAGAGGCAUUAAUUCUUGGGAAUUUUCUAAGUUAUCAAUGAUGAGACGAACUUGAUAUUUGGUUAGUGCGACAUAUGUGCGCUUGCGUAUAGGUAUAGAAACUGUUGUACGAUUUUUGUACCUUCAAAACUCCAAGUUUGUUUGAUGUGGAAAAAAGGAUCUUGUUAGAAUCAUGAA